CUGUGAAACAGCCUCAGAAAGGCAGACACAGAGAGGGCAGACCUCUGCUGGAGGGGGGGGGCUUAUUAUAACAAAUAUAUAUGCACACAUGAGUGAACUGUUUGGCUGCACGAUAGCUCAUAUGUGGGUAACGGUUAUUUUAGAAAAGCAUACCACCGCGGCUUUACAUUUAAAAUGCCUAUUUUAGUUUUUCUGUUAGACACGUCCGCCUCUAUGAAUCAGCGCACUUAUUUGGGUACGACGUAUCUGGACGUUGCUAAAGGCGCGGUUGAGAUCUUUAUGAAGCUGCGUGCCCGAGACCCGGCUAGUAGAGGCGACAGGUACAUGCUAGUUACAUUCGAUGAGCCACCAUUCGGAGUGAAGGCAGGCUGGAAGGAGAACCAUGCUACCUUCAUGUGCGAGCUGAAGAACCUGCAGGCGUCUGGGCUCACCAGGCUUGGGCAUGCACUCCGCACAGCGUUCGACCUGCUCAACCUCAACCGCCUCGUCUCUGGCAUUGACAACUAUGGACAGGGCCGCAACCCAUUCUUCCUGGAGCCAUCUGUGAUCAUUACCAUCACUGAUGGGAAUAAGCUCACAAACAGCUCCGGGGUGCCAGAUGAGCUGCACCUGCCGCUGAACUCCCCUCUGGCUGGCAGCGAGCUCACCAAAGAGCCUUUUCGCUGGGACCAGCGGCUGUUCGCUCUGGUGCUGAGGCUGCCGGGAGCAGCCGCGCCGGACAACGAGCAGCUCGGCAGCGUCCCCACAGAUGAGUCGGCGAUCACGCAGAUGUGUGAAGUCACGGGAGGACGGUCGUACUGCGUGCGAACACAACGGAUGCUAAACCAGUGUCUGGAGUCUCUGGUGCAAAAGGUUCAAAGCGGCGUCGUCAUCAACUUUGAGAAGACCGGGCCGGAUCCGCCUCUCGGAGAAGAAGACAACUCUGUGGAGUCCAGUCGUCCCGUUUCAACCUUCAACGCACAGCCCUGGCACAGCUGCCACAAACUAAUCUAUGUUCGACCAAACCCAAAGACAGGGGUCCCGGUCGGCCACUGGCCCAUACCAGAGUCUUUCUGGCCGGACCAGAACUCUCCAAGCCUGCCGCCUCGCACUGCUCACCCCGUGGUGCGUUUCUCCUGUGUGGACUGUGAGCCCAUGGUGAUUGACAAACUUCCCUUUGACAAAUACGAGAUGGAGCCAUCCCCACUCACCCAGUACAUCCUGGAAAGGAAAUCCCCGCACAUGUGCUGGCAGGUUUUUGUUAGCAGCAGUGGGAAGCAAAACGACCUCGGAAAACCGUUUGGCUACCUCAAGGCCAGCACCGCCCUGACCUGUGUUAAUCUGUUUGUCAUGCCUUACAACUAUCCGGUCCUUCUUCCGCUCCUCGACGAUUUAUUUAAAGUUCACAAAUUCAAACCAAACCUGAAGUGGCGACAGGCCUUCGAGAUGUACCUGAAGACGAUGCCUCCGUACUACCUGCUGCCCUUAAAAAAGGCAAUGAGGAUGAUGGGAGCACCAAACCUCAUCGCCGACACAAUGGACUGCGGCUUGAGUUAUAGCAUAAUUUCAUACCUGAAGAAGCUCAGCCAGCAGGCAAAAAUUGAAUCAGACCGCCUAAUUGUGUCCGUGGGGAAAAAAGCGCCUCAAGAAACGGGCAUAAAGGUGAAGAACCACUCCAGCGCUCUCUCUCUGGCCCAUCGGCGGGACUUCAAGCAGCUGCUGCAGGGAAUCACCGGAGAGGGGCCUCUCCGCCUGGUCGACAUCAACUUCAAAGAGUUCGCCGGCUUCCAGAUCGCUCUUCUCAACAAGGAUGUGAAACCGCAAGCUUACCGGAACGCCUACGACAUCCCGAGGCGAAACCUCUUGGAUCAGCUCACCAGAAUGCGCACCAACCUGCUGCGGACCUCGUUGAAGUUGAUCCGAGGCCAAGACGAAGACUUCCUGCACAGCAUUCCAGUGGCUCAGAUGGGCAACUACCAGGAGUACUUGAAGAUGAUGCCGUCUCCGUUAAGAGAGAUUGAUCCCGAUCAACCCAAACGGCUUCACACGUUUGGGAAUCCUUUCAAGCAGGAUAAAAAGGGCAUGAUGAUCGACGAGGCGGACGAGUUCGUGGCCGGACCUCAGAACAAGAAGCGGGGCCACUCCGGCGACCCCAACUCCAGCGGCACCGUGAAGCGAAGACGGAGCAUGUCCCCAUUGCUGCGGCGACCGCAGACCCCGCCGGGCAGCACCAACCAUGUGGCGGUGGGGAAGAGUCCAGGCCAGCAGAAUCUCCUCAAACCCCCGUCACAACACAAAGAUGGGAACAACAUGGUGCUCACCGAGAGCAACGGCGACGGAUUCCUCGGCCUGGACUCUGGCGAGAUCUGGCCCGGCGAGGCGGAUACAGAGGCGCUCUGUCCGUCCCCGUUGAUGCUGGAAGAUAAGACGGGAUUGGCGGAGCCGUUUCAGGCGGAGGAGGCGAGCGUGGUGGAGGACGAAGAUCACCUGGAGGAGCAGACGACGGAGGAGAGGCACAACUGCGACCGCCUGAGUCCGCAGAGCGAGCUGGACGGCAGCGAAGACGACUUCGCCGCGCUCGACACCAUUUACAUAACCCCGCUGGACGGCUGCCAAGCCGAGCUGAGGAGCAGAGUCAUCAAGGAGGUCCGCAAACCUGGACGGAACUAUAAAUCCAUACUCAGUCUGCUGCAGCAGGUGAAAGGACCGGUGAACAUUCGAAAGUACUUCAUCCAACAUGCAAUCAAAGAAGCUUUGAGGUUCAAGAAGCGCGUGUUGAUCCAGCAGCUGGAGACCGCCCUGGCCGAAGUGGAGGACGACACGGCGCCGUGCUCUCCGCUUCCCAACGAUCACGGCAGGUAGUAAACCCGCAGAAACCCACCAGCGUCCUGUCCCGUUUUUCAUCACCGCCGGGUUUCGCCGCCGCCAAAACACCUCCGCCGCGAGCGGAGGAUUCGGAGAUGCAGAGAAAGGAAGCGCCGCCGUCGCGUUGCUGUCGUUUAACCGGAUGGGGGCGAGGGGUCCUUCAGAACUGAGCCGCUUGCGACGAACACGCUGAUGUCGACAGAGACCGUAAACUCCCGGACGGCUUUCGUCAGUGAGGACAAGUCCAGCAGACUCACAUACUCCUUUAGACGAAAAGCCACACAGCUGGCCUGAUCCUCACGUGUGUCAGAUACUGGUCAUGUACUGGUUUCCUCCCCCAAUCACCCCAGCUGUUACAAACAGACCCGUUUUCAGCUGGUCUGAAAGUCGUUCUCAUUUAUAAAUAUUCUUUUACGCGACUAAAAAAAGAAAAAAAGAAAUAGAGAAAAGCUUAAACAUUCAUGUAAAGUUGUGGCUGACAGGACGAAUCGGGUUAAGCCAGAUUACGUCUGCAACAAAAA